CCAUGUGUUUGAUGCCGCAGUAAACGCUAGCAUUUUUUUCAAUUGUAGUCUAGCUGCGUAGCGUUUAGUAGCUUGCGGGAUAAAAAAUGAGUCGACUUUAUUUUGCUGUUUUUGGUCUGGCUUUAGUUUUUCUUCCUUUGCUGAGCAGUUCAUGUCCUGCACAAUGCAGCUGCUUCUUCCACAAGUUAAGCGACGGUUCAAAAGCAAGGAGUGUACUUUGCAAUGAUCCAGAGAUCACUGAGGUUCCUCCAAACUUUCCCAUUGACACAUCGAAGCUCCGCAUCGAAAAGACAGCCAUCACACGCAUUUCAAGCGACAACUUCCACUACCUCAACAGCCUGGAGUUUCUGUGGAUGUCUUUCAAUUCACUGAAUCUACUGAGUGUUGACAGCUUCCGAGGUCUCUACAACCUGGAUGAGCUCCGGCUGGAUGGCAACUCCCUCACCUCCUUCCCCUGGGAAUCUCUGACGGAUAUGCCUAACCUGAGGCUCCUCGACCUGCACAACAACAAGAUCACCGCUGUCCCCGCCGAUGCCACCGUGCACAUGAAGAAUCUCACCUAUCUGGACUUAUCCAGCAACUCCCUGACCACCGUGCCCGCUGACGUUCUCACAAUGUGGCUGAGCGUGAAGCCGCUUCAGGACGCAGAUUCCUCCAAACUAAUUCUCGGUCUCCAUGACAACCCGUGGAUGUGCGACUGCCGGCUGUACGACCUGGUCCAGUAUCAGAAAUCCCCGUCGUCAUCGGUGUCUCUCAUCGACACCAGGCUGAGGUGCGCUGAUCCGGAGAGCUUGUCGGGGGUCCUCUUCAACGAGGCCGAGCUGCAGAGAUGCCAGGGCCCUCGGGUGCACACGGCCGUGGCUCGUGUACGGAGCUCGCUGGGCAACAACGUGCUGCUGCGCUGCGGCACAGUCGGAGUCCCCAUCCCCGAGCUUUCCUGGAGCCGCGCUGAUGGAAAGAAAAUGAACGGCACCGUUCAGCAAGAGAUUUCGAAGGAGGGCAUCAUUUGGUCGAUUCUGAGCGUGCCAGCGGUCGCGUACCGAGACUCUGGGAAAUAUAUAUGCAAAGCCACCAACUUUGUGGGCUCCGCAGACGCCGUCAUCUCUUUGGUGAUCACGGAUUCCUUUCCGUCAGAGGAAGCGGGCGGGGGGACGUCCAAGAGAACCAGAGGGAAGAAGCCCAGUGGCAUUGGCAGAGCAGCGUACCAGGAGAAACUCAUUGCCAGAUAUGUACCUCCAUCCAGCACCGCUAACCAGCCCAUCAUCAAACCGCUCAACAGCCAAGGCGUGACCGGGAAGUAUGAGGUGGAAAGCUACAGCAUCUCGGAUGCUGCUUCAGAGGGAAGGGGCAAGGCUCCAGCCCCCCCGAGACCGGUGGAGAUGGACGCUCUGAGCAACUUAGCUGCCAAUGCCUCGUCCCUACAGCAGGCUCCGGAGAAAAGGGUGGUGCGCUCGGUGAAGGUGAUGGGCGACACCGACCACACCGUCUCUCUCAACUGGCGAGCCCCUACGGCCACGAAUGUCACCGAGUUCAGCGUCCUGUACGCUGUAUUUGGCGAGAGAGACAUGCGUCGGCUCAACGUGGCAGCCGGAAAGAACCGGGUCACCAUUGACGGCCUUGUGCCUAAGACAAAGUACAUUGCCUGUGUCUGCGUUAAAGGCCUCAUCCCGAAAAAGGAGCAGUGUGUGAUCUUCUCGACGGAUGAGGCGGCGAGCGCCAGUGGCACCCAGAAGCUCAUUAAUGUGGUGGUGAUAACGGUGGCGUGCGUGAUCGCCGUGCCUCUGACGCUGAUCGUGUGCUGCGGGGCGCUAAAGAAACGGUGCCAAAAGCUGCUGGGGCGGCAAUCCAAGGACAUCCAGGACUCGUACGUCACCUUCGAGACCUUGGGCCCUGGCAACAAAGCGAAAGGGAUGGAGGGAGAGUAUCUGACCAGGCUAAAUCCCGACGAGUCCAACAGGUUGCUCUCAGCGAGGUCCAGCGUUGACUCGGAGGCCACAGCCAGGACUGAGGUGCCACCCAACGAGUACUUCUGCUGAAACCAAAACAAACUCCUCAACGCACUUCUUUCUUUUCUUUUUUUUUUUUACCAGCCUGUGAUGUAAAUAGAUGAAGUGAUGUUGCUGAGAGACUCGAAAGACUGAGGACGGCGGUCAGCAUUGGAUGCAUGAAGUUAUUUUACAGCCUUGUCGGAAUAUAAACCACCAUUAUUUUGGUGGAUGACAAAGAAGGGAACAUAUACACAGUGACACAGUUUCAGUAUUUACAAUGUGGAGUAACGUAAACGUGUAAAUCUGUUUUUUUAUUCAUCAUGCACUUUUAAAGGUGAUGUUUUGCUGAGGAAAACAUUGCACACACCUGUUUGAAACCCAAUCUUUUUCUUUUGCAGAUGUAAGUGUCGAACUAUUGAGGGAAAUCAUAAACCAGCAGUGUAUAGUCUAUUUUGUCAGUAUGAAUUUAAUGUGCCAGGUUUCUGUUGGGUCAAAAAACCUAAAAUACACUAUAGUCCUCCAUUUUAUAAUGCUUAAAUAUUCUGACCUGAAAUAUAUGUAUGUAUUAAUGUACUGUAUAAAAAUAAAUAUUUUUAUAUUGA